GUCGGCCACAAGCUCCCAGCCACGCCCCAAUCGCCGGCUGGCACUCUCAAGAACCUGCCUCCCUUCGGAUCGCUAUCUGCCUCCCUCUGGAUCGCUAUAUCUUUUCUAGUGCUCAGGGAAAGCUAGAGCUGGAGAGGCGCGAGAGACCAAAAAAAAAAAAAAAAAAAGUCCUUACAGAAGUUGAGCAAGAACCGAGGUAGAUCGCUUUUUGUCCUCGUGCCAGGGACUAGCCUGCUUCAAGAGAUCAGUGAUUCGAGCUGAGCUGAGACAAGAAGAACGUCAAGGGAGCCCGAGGUGAUGCGGGAGGCGUACAUGGAGGUGCUGCCGCCGAUGCAGCACUACGCCUCGCGGAGCAACUGGUUCCUGGCGGCGGCGCGCAGCUGGACAUCGGAGGAGAACAAGCAGUUCGAGCGGGCGCUCGCAGGGGUCGACCUGCGCUGCCCGGACUGGGAGAAGGUGGCGCGGGCCAUCCCCGGCAGGACGGUCGGCGAGGUCGUUAGCCACUUCAAGAACCUCGAGGUCGACGUCCAGCAGAUCGAGUCCGGCAUGGUGCCCUUUGUCUACGGCGGCGGCGGCGCCAACUCCUUCACCCUGCAGUGGGACGGCAAUGGCGGCCACGGCACCGGGGACUUCAGGCACGGGUACCGGUUUGGCGGAGGAUGCGGGAAGCGGCACCCCGGCCGCACGCCGGAGCAGGAGAGGAAGAAGGGCGUGCCAUGGACAGAGGAGGAGCACAAGUUGUUCCUCUUAGGCCUGAAGAAGUAUGGUAAGGGAGAUUGGAGGAACAUAUCGCGCAACUUCGUGCAGACGAGGACGCCUACGCAGGUGGCCAGCCAUGCGCAGAAGUACUUCAUCAGACUCAAUUCUGGUGGCAAGGACAAGAGGAGAUCAAGCAUUCAUGACAUUACCACGGUUAGCCUGACGGAUGACCGGCCACCCUCGCCAUCCCAGUCCUCUUUGAUCACCAACCAGUCCAACGCAUCAGCUCCGACUGCUGCUGUAGGCCAGUUCUCCUUGACAGCCGAUGCAAAGCAACACGGCGCUGUGAAUUUGCCUUUCAAUUCGCCAGGCCGGACUCCUGGGAUGCCGACUUAUGGGAUGGGUAUGCAAGAUCAAGGUCUGCAGUGUGGUCCUCUACAUGAUCAGUUGGUUGGCAACCUAAGCAUGCUGUUUUAGAUGCAAUCCACUCUGCACCAUGGAUAAGAUGUCUAGUGUAUAAUACAGUCCCGCUGUAGCUUCAGUACCUGUAUUGAAGUAAUUAGUCAUGUGAAUUUUUAGGAGCGUGACAGAAAGGGAUCUUUGUGCCUGGUGGUCCAUAAUUGUUGGUGAUACCUAUAAUGUUACGAAAAGAACGUCAAGAAUUUGAUGCCUUGGUAUUUUCAGACGGUUACUUGAGUGGUAGCGCUGAACACAGAUCAUGCAUUCUAUGAAGUGGACUUACAUUAUCAUGGAUCCAACUUUUCCUUGAGGUGGCUUAUCGAAUUCUAGAUUCUUCUGGUCAACUGAUGUAUUGGGAACCUGCAUGACCAUCUGAUUGUAAGGAUGAUGCCUAGUAUUGAGGGUUUCAGAUCAUGCUGUACUUCAGACAUUUAUCCACAGUAAUCAAUUUACCUAUCGGUGCUCGCCCCAUCUA